AUGAAUAAAAUUGUCCCAGAGUACCUCGCGGCAGGUGCCAAUAGACACCCUUCUACUGCCGAUUGGGACGAGUCGGGUCUCCUAGCAUAUGGAGCCGAUAGAAAUAUUGCAUUAUGGUAUCCUGGAAAUGAAACUUCCAGAGGAGUCUUUGAACUUCUCAGUGGUCAUACGGAUACCGUUAAUGUCGUGAAAUUCAUCCCCAAAUCACAUGGUUUUAUACUCAGUGGAUCUGUUGAUAAAACGGUGAGGAUUUGGAAACGGGAUGAAGUUUCACAGAGCUAUACUUGUAUUCAAACCAUCACCGAUCAUCAGAAUACGAUCAACUGCAUAGCCGUUACAGCAGCCUUCAAAAUCUUUGCUUCCGGCUCGGCAGAUGCCAUUGUUAAGAUCUGGAAACUUGAUGAUGAGAAUGUUGCAAGUUUGCAGCAAUCUAUCACGAUUACUCCGCGAUUAUUUCCGCUAGCAUUGGCCUUGAGUCCUUUGACUGGCGCUUCGGAUUCUCUCGUUCUUGCUGUCGCGGGAACAAAAGAUAUCAUUCAGCUUCACGUGCUGGAUGCUCAAGCGGGAUCGGAAUUCAAAUACAAGGCUACAUUAUCCGGACACGAAGGAUGGAUCCGAUCAUUAGAAUUCACAAAGGAGAGCGAUAGCCCAACGAGUGAUUUACUUCUCGCAUCAGCUAGUCAGGAUAAAUACAUCCGACUAUGGAGAAUUCAUCAAGGCAAAGAAUUACCAGCCGCAGCCACAGGAGCCGAUCCAACAUUCGGAGCAUUCAUGCCAGGAAAAUCUCUAUCGAACAAAGCCCAUCGUUUCCAAGCCCAAGCCUUAGAUUUCUCCGCCACAUUCGAAGCUUUGCUCCUCGGACACGAAGAUUGGAUCUACAGCACGCGCUGGCUCUCCCCUAACACAACCUCUAACUCCAAACCACAACUCCUCUCGGCCUCGGCCGACAAUUCCCUCGCCAUCUGGGAACCUGAUUCUUCCACUGGUGUCUGGGUAUCCGUGGCACGACUCGGAGAAAUUAGCGCGGAGAAAGGAUCCACCACCGCUACAGGCAGCACCGGAGGUUUCUGGUCCGGUCUCUGGUCGCCCAGCGGCUCAACCGUCGUAUGUCUCGGACGAACCGGCAGUUGGCGUCUCUGGAACCACGAUUCCGCAUCCGACCGCUGGGCCCAAAGCACUGCUAUCACCGGGCACGUGAAACCCGUCAUGGGAAUCGCCUGGUCGAAAGAUGGAAGCUAUUUAUUAUCGACAAGCACGGAUCAAACAACGAGGUUACACACGCAGUGGAAGAGAGAUGGGAAGUCGAGUUGGCAUGAGAUGGCUCGACCUCAGAUUCACGGCUAUGAUUUAAAUUGCAUCGAUUCGCUCGGGGAAUCGCAAUUCGUAUCCGGAGCAGAUGAGAAAUUACUACGCGUAUUCAAUGAGCCCAGAGCAGUCGCAACAUUGCUCCACCAAUUAUGUGGAAUUGGCAGUGAUAAUGUCACUCACAUGCCCGAUGCGGCAAAUAUGCCCGUAUUAGGACUAUCCAACAAAGCCAUCGAAGCCACCUUCCCGUCCGACGUCGCACCAACAGCCCACGAUGACUCCCAUAAUGCCGCACAAAAGACCCCCCUCGAUUUUUCCCACCCACCCCUCGAAGACCAACUCUCCCGGCACACACUCUGGCCCGAAACGGAAAAACUCUACGGCCACGGCUACGAAAUAUCCGCCCUAGCCACUUCGCACAACGGCUCCCUCGUAGCUACUGCCUGCAAAGCCAGUUCCAUCGACCACGCCGUCAUUCGACUUUUUGAAACAGGUGAAUGGCAUGAAAUUAAGCCGCCUCUUACUGCUCACUCGCUAACGGUCGCUCGGUUGCGAUUUUCGCGUGAUGAUCGAUUUUUAUUGUCGGUGGGUCGCGAUCGUCAAUGGGCGGUUUUUGAACGUGUUGUUGAUGGGGUUGUUGAUGGGCUUGAGGUUUCUGGUUCUAGUGGGCUUGAGUAUAAGCUGAAGGAAUCGAAUUUGAAGGGUCAUGCGAGGAUGAUUCUUGAUGCGGCGUGGGGUCCUUCUUUACCGUCAUCCCCACCAUCCUCAUCAACGUCAUCCCCAACCCCAACAAUAUUCGCCACCGCCGGCCGCGACAAACAAGUUAAGAUCUGGGUCCUCUCCCCCUCAACCCAAAAAUUCACAAACAGCAUCUCGAUCCCCGAGUUAUCUCCCGUAACAGCCAUUGAUUUCCUUGAUACGUUUAUUGGGGAUGAUAUGUAUUUGGCGGUUGGAACUGAAGCUGGGGUUUUUAGAAUUUAUCGCGUUACUGUUAGUGGUGAGGGGGAUAUUGCUGUGGAUGAGGUGUUGUUGGAUAUUGGCAAAAACCACUACCCCUCCAAAGCCAUCACCCAACUAGCAUGGAAACCAACCUCCAAAAACACCGCCAAAAACACAUCAUCGGAGAACACAAACACGAUCAUGGAACUAGCAAUUGCGAGUGAAGAUAGUUCCCUGAGGAUUUAUUCUCUAUGUUGA